AUGGAAGACUUAGACUUUUCAAAUGUGAAAGAGAUAAUCAAGAAAUCCCCGAGUAAUACCAACUUCAUAAUGGAUGUUAAGUCCAUUCGCGACGCUAUGCGGGCCCCGCCGACCGUAUUAUCAGAUGAGCUCCUUUGGAUUGAGGCGAGCGGGAAAGUUAAGGUGGGAAUUGAGAGUAAAGUUUCUCAGAACAAUUCGACGGUUACUGUUUAUGUUGCAAAUGCGGAGGAAAAGGCUGUGCUUCAUUGGGGCGAAUUUUCUGACGGCCAGUGGAAAGCGAUAUCUCCGAAGCGUCUGUCUCCCGAUUACGAGGGCAAACAAGUUAGUGACAAAGGCGCUGAGAUUGAGUUGAAAAAAAUUGAUAAUUCAAUAUCAUGGGCGUCACUAAAAUUCUUGCCGGGUGAGCAGCCUGAUGUGGUUGCAUUCGUAAUAAGAAUAGGUCCGAACAAUUGGAUUUCCGCGAAAUACGGGGGAGAUUUCCUGGUUCCGAUGCCUGUGUUACCAGAGUGGAUUGAAAUGAAGGAAAAAGCGGAGCAAGAGCGCGAAGCGCAGAAGAGAGAGCGCGAAGCGGCUUGGGAUGGCAUUGUGAAGCGUUUCAAUGAAGCCAGUAUAAUCGACCUACCGGAAACGAGUGCGAAAGAAUUUAUUGUUUCUGAGAUGUGCGAGGAACUGAGUCAUAAUGCGGGCUGGUACAAAGUGUGGAUCAGCAGUUCCGUGAAUCUGGAAUACGACGAGGACGCAGUGAGUGAUGACGAUGGUUCUGACGACACUGCGGACAUGACGAAUGUCCAGCCGGGGUCCCCCUCGGACGAAGUUCUGCUUUGUGUCAGUGUGCUCUUUUGUUUGCGGGAGCCGAACCAGAUGAAGAUACACUGGGGUGUGAUGCGUAAAGGAGAUAGCAAUUGGGUGUCGCCGAUGAGCUUGUCCGAUUUCAAGUACAAGGGCCUCCGAGAUACGGUGGAGGUUAACUCGCAGGCAUGCGACAGCUACAUAGAUAUGGAAGCCAUGCGUGACUUGGACGGUCUUUGUUUGGUUGAGUUCACUCUCUCGGGUUCCCUGGAGAGCUCGGAGAUGGGCAAGGUGGUUCGCCCGGUUGCCGAGAGCAUAAACUUCGUCUUGAACCAUAACGAAGACUGGAUCAAGAACGUAGGCGGCAGCGACAUUAAGCUCCGGCUGAAGCAGUCUCAGGAAAGCGGAGGUUCGGACUUGGCUAGACAGAUAAUUGAGUGUGAGUGCGAGUGGGGCUCUAUGACCCUGAUGCACCGUUACGGGUUGGUACUCGACAGGAUCAAUCAAGACGCACCAAAGUACGACCAGUCAAAGAAAAUGCCGUCGGCAGAACUCGAACCCACGACCUCAGCCGGCCACGAGUUUUGGAGUUGGUUGACAACUUGGUUGCGGUUUUCGCACUUGGCUUGGGUCGACUGGCAACGGAGAUAUAACACCCGGCCAGCGCAGCUGGCUCACGUCACGCAGGAACUAUCCUACGCUUUGGCUGGUUGCUGGAGGCGAUACCCGGACUACCGGUCUUGGAUCAAGAUCUGCGUGGCCUGUGUGGGUCGCGGCGGGAACCAAGGGCAGCGUAUCCGCGACCAAAUUUUGGAGAUCAUGCACAGACAUAAAAUCCCCGAGACUGCGGGCCACUUUUACGAGCAGUGGCACCAGAAGUUGCACAACAACACGACGCCCGACGACAUCGGGAUUUGCAAGGCCAUCAUCCGCUAUUACGAAACCGGCGGCGACUUGGGAGCGUACUGGCACGUGUUGGCCGAGAACAACAUCGACAAGGCGAAGCUUGCCUCCUACGAACGACCAAUCACAUGCGAGCCGUUCAUGCACAACUGCGAUCGGGGCGCUUUGCUAAACGACUGGCGCAGCUACCUGGAUGUUUUGAUGGACAUCCACGACUGCCGCGACUUGUCUCGCUCCGUUAACCGUGUCCGUGGCUUGUUACAGGGUACCGCAGGCAGCGACCUGGACAGUCUGAUGCAUGACUUACACCACAACUCCAAUGGCCAGCUUUCACCGGAACACGCGGUGGGCCGAAUCUGGAAGAUAGCCCACAUCCGGAACCAACUGUACGAGACGGCCAAGAAUAACGACAACAACGCGGAAGUGCGCGACCUGUUGCUGCUCGACUUCUCCCUGGAGUCGAUUCAGUCGACGUCGCUCCAAAACACAAACAAACAGGCCUUCAGCCUGACCGACUGCGUGUCCUUGGUGACCAGCUUCAUCGGUGACUGGAGCAAUAUUACCAGCUCUCAUGCCGAGUGGCGGGCGCUGCUAACGGAUUUUAGAGAGCUCGGUAUGAAGGCUGCGCAGCAAAAGUUUACACAGGACAAGGUGCUGGACGCGCUGCUGGUCAAGGCGAUGAUUGAUCGCCUGACUCGGGCAGUCGGAUCGGACACGGAACACUUCCAACAGAUGCUGGGGCCCAAGAGCCAGUUGCUAGGCCGGAAUGUGGGCGUGGAGACGGAGAAGUUGAACGUAUUUGUGGACGAGAUUUUGCGCGGAUCCGUUCUCUUUUCAGUCUCUUUGCUCAUCAGUGCGGUGGAGCCCCGUGUGCGAAAACUCGCGGAAAUGUCACCCUGGCAGAUCGUCUCGCCCGUAGACAGCGUCGAGGGCGUCGUCAAGUGCGUCCCCGCCCUGGUCCACCUACAGGAAGAAAAGUUCCUCGAGCCUACCGUCCUGAUUUCAGGCCAAGUCAGCGGCGAUGAAGACAUCCCGGAUGGAGUGGUCGGCAUCAUUGUUCGGGAUGCGGCCUCUGCCCCAGAUGUGCUGUCUCACGUGGCUGUGAGGGCGCGCAACUCCAAGACGCUGCUGGCCGUAUGCUAUGAACCCUCGCUGAUUCAAGCAGUGGAGGCCAAGAGAAAAAACACCUUCUGCAAAGUCACCCUUGCCAAACAGGGAACUGAGCUAGAAUUCGCUGACUGCCAGCACAAGGAGACCAAAGGAGGUGACGAACGCCGAGAUGAGGGCGACGCUGAUAAAGAGAACCGAGCAAAAUCGCUCAACGACAUCAAGACCAUGGUGCUGGACGUGACGCCCGAGAAUAGUGUGGACCGGUACUGUGUGCCAGAGAAGGAGUACACGCGCACGCUAGUUGGCAGUAAGAGUGCGAACUUGAAGACGCUGAGGGAGACCCUGGCCGGGAAGCUGGGUACGCCUGGUACGGCCGCUAAAUCUGGCGUCUACUUUAUUCCUCAGUCGUGCGCGUUCGUGUACGGCUCGUUCCUGAAGUGCUUGAAUGCUCCGGAGAAUGGGCUGGCCAAGAAGCAGAUUGAAGCGAUUAUUGGAAAGUGCAAGAGCACGCAAAACAAGCACGUGCGUAAAGCGUUUGAUCGCAUUGAACCGGUUAUUAUGUCCUUAGUCCUCAACGAGGAACUCGUGCGGCAGUUCGAAGAAGUGCUAGAGAGUGCCGGCCUCCUGAAGGUCUACCGGGACAACGGCGCACACGUGUGCGCGGAAGCCCUGAAACGCGUGUGGAUGUCGGUCUUCAACAUGCGGCCUUGGGUGGCGUUGGGCAAGGCCUGCCGUGCGUGGAGCGAGCUGUCCAUGGCGGUUUUGGUUCAGCAAAUUGUGGACGCAAGGUACGCUUUCGUGCUCCACUCCAAAAACCCCUACCGGCAACAGAACGCCGACCGGUUCAUGUAUGGAGAGAUUGUCAAGGGCUUGGGUGAAGUCCUUGUCGGUAACCACGCUGGCCGCGCAAUGAGCUGGGAAUGCGACCGAGACCAUAAGGAAAAUGUCCUCCUCCUCAGCUGGCCGGCCAAGUCCGUCUAUCUGUCCACGGUUGACUCGCUCAUCUUCAGAAGUGAUAGCAACGGCGAAGAUCUCGAAGGGUUCGCUGGCGCCGGCCUAUUCGAGUCCAUCCCCGCAAUCGCCAACCAAGAGAACGUAUGCGAGUACGCCACGGACCGCCUGGUCACCAACGCCGCCUUCAGGAAGUCAAUCCUCCAACAACUUAGCCAGCUCGCUUGGGACUUACAAGAAGUGUUCGAUGGCCACCCAAUGGACAUCGAAGGCUGCGUCGAUGCUCAUGAUCGUGUUUAUGUCGUCCAGUGCAGACCCCAAGUCUAG